AUGCGCUACGCCUUAACAACUGCUGCUUUUAUUGCAAGUGCAGCUGCGCAUGCCACAUUCCAGCAGCUGUGGAUCAACAACGUUGACGCUGGUUCCUCAUGUGUCCGCCUUCCCAACAGCAACAGCCCCAUCACGAGUGUUACUGGUAGCGACAUCGCUUGCAAUGUAGCUGGAUCAAGCAGAGGCGUAUGCCCGGUCAACGCUGGUGAUCAAUUGACUGUCGAAAUGCACCAACAACCCGGAGAUCGUUCGUGCAACAGCGAAGCUAUUGGUGGAGACCAUUUCGGACCCGUACAAGUGUAUAUGGCCGCUGUUUCUGACGCGACUACUGCCGUCGGCUCGAGUCAGAACUGGUUCAAGGUUGCAGGCCUUGGAAUGGUGUCAAGAAGCCCUAAUUACUUUGGAACACAAGUCCUCAAUGACAACUGCGGUCAUUUCACUUUCACUGUUCCCAGAGACAUCGCCCCUGGAAAUUAUCUCGUCCGCGCCGAAGUCAUUGCGCUUCAUGUUGCCAGCCAGCCCGGAGGUGCACAAUUCUACGUAUCGUGCUACCAAAUCAACGUCUCAGGUUCAGGAUCUGCUAAGCCUCCUACUGUCAAAUUCCCCGGUGCAUAUAGUGCGAACGACCCUGGCAUCCUGGUGAACAUCCACCAAAGUCUCAGCACCUAUAUUGUGCCUGGCCCGACGCCUUAUGGAACUACCAUCCCUCCCGUUGCUUCUACUCCAUAUCCGACAACUGCAACUUGGAACACUGCGAACCAACCAAAGACCGUGCCGACUGUUGUUCCCGGAAGCCCUGCAACAACGGUAUCCACCGGCCAGGGCGGUCCCACAAGUGUUUCAACAAGUUUCACGACGCCCACGGUCACCCCCACCUCAACACCUGGAGGGUCUCCUCUCUGGGGCCAGUGCGGAGGGGUGAAUCGGAUGGACUGGCGCCACUUCUUGUGCACAGGGAACGUGCAAAGUACUCAACGACUACUAUCAUCAGUGCGUAAAUUAGGCCGAAUUAGAUCAGCAUAUCUUUGCCACUAG